UUCGCAGGCCUCUGCUAGUCCAGCUAAGGGUACUGGUUACGGAUUUGCUGAUAAGAUAGCGGAUGGAAUGACUAUAGAAGUUGGUACAGUUAAUCUUCUACUUGAAACACAUGGUGGUGCUCGGCAUAAGGGAAGAGCAACGUGGUACUCUGUUUCUAAUCCACUUAUUUUUCUUUCUUUAUAAAGUUAUUGCUUUUGGCAGACUGUCCUUUUUGUGAAUUGAAUUGUUGCUCAAUAUGCAAUGAAUAAUAUGGUCUCGGUAGAUGCUACAAUAUAUCAUAUAUGUAAUGGAAUUGAUAGUUAUGUAUAGAAUGAUCAUAUGAACAAUAAUGGGGAAAUAUAAUGUUUAUCUUUCUUUUUACAUUUUUCUAGCUGGGUUGUUUUCUUCCAUAUUUAAUUAACAGUUGUACCAACAUAUUAUAUAAGAAGAUUCCUCUUUUUAAUUAAACAAUUGAACAGAGCUACCAAUAUAUUAUAAAAGAAGAAAACAAAUACUAGUGGCGAGUUUUGUAAUCUGUAUUAGGCGAUUGGUAGUAAUAAAACAAUCAAGUUACUCAAUAUCGUUCAUUCCCGUAGUCCUGUCUGUAGUAUACUGCCUUAUGAUAACAUAUUAACUAAAUAUUGGGCUCUUUGAUUUUUUAAUGAAUCGGUUUAUAUGAACUAAGGACUAUUUGUUAUAAUCAAAUAGAUAGUCAUUUUUUUGUUACUCAUUUGAAGUCUCGGAAAAAUGGUUAGAUCAGCAAAUACCAAAUGGUGAAUGAGUAGCAUGUUGUUUUGUCUAGUUCUUUAUUUCUGAUACUUGUGUGAAGCUGGUCUUUCAAUUCUCACCUAAAGUUUGUCGACAUUUUCUGGUUUUAAGCUAUGGCGCACUUUUUCUUCGAUUACUUUGUAAUCGUUCUUCAAUUUUUUGCUUCACUGUUAGAGAAUCUCCAAGGGGAUGCAACCCCUUAGCAAUAUCUUAGUUGGCAACAACCCUUGGCAGUUGGCAAUGCUUCCUUUCUAAUGGGCAUCUCCUAUAGCAUCUAUUACAAUGCGCAACCUUUCGCUAUAUACCACAAAUGAAAGCUGGCAGGUGGUUAAUCUCAAGGAAGCUAGGGACUUUUCUGCUGACAAGAAGUUCAUUUAUCUUUUCAAAAAACUUGAAUGGGAAUAUUUAUCCAUUGACCUUCUGCCUCACCCUGAUAUGUUUAUGGAUGCUCAAUUUGCAAACUCUCAAGAGGGGUUUUGUGGGAAAGAUGACGAUGGCGCUAAGCGAAGUUUCUUUGGUGGUGAGAGAUUCAUUGAAGGAAUAUCAGGAGAGGCCUAUAUAACAAUUCAAAGGACUGAACUAAAUAGCGCUUUGGGGCUUGAAGUUCAAUUGCAUAUCAGUGAAGCUGUUUGCCCUGCUCUAAGUGAACCAGGAUUGCGUGCUCUCCUUCGCUUCUUGACUGGAUUUUAUGUCUGCUUAAAUAGAGGGGACAUUCAUACCAAUGUUCAACAGCAUUCUGCAGAAGCUGCAGGACGCUCUCUAGUCAGCCUAGUUGUUGACCAUAUAUUUCUGCGCAUAAAGGAUGCUGAGUUUCAGCUCGAACUACUUAUGCAGUCACUUUCAUUUUCCCGGGCAAGUGUUUCUGAUGGAGAAAAUGCUAAAUAUUUGACUCAUGUUACGAUAGGUGGAUUAUUUUUAAGGGAUACUUUUUCACAUCCUCCCUGCACUUUGGUUCAACCACCAAUGCAGAAUACUGCAAAUGAUUCUCUGCAUAUUCCGGACUUUGCAAAGAACUUCUGUCCUCCAAUAUAUCCUUUGGGAGACCAUGGGUUGAAAUUAAAUGAGGGUGUGCCGCUAAUAAAUCUGUGUUCUCUUCAGUUCAAGCCUUCGCCUGCUCCACCAUCUUUUGCUUCUCAAACAGUUAUUGAUUGUCAACCUCUAAUGAUAUAUCUUCAGGAAGAAUCCUGCCUGAGGAUAUGCUCAUUCGUAGCUGAUGGAAUUGUGACUAAUCCUAGUACUACUUUGCCUGAUUAUUCAGUCAAUUCCCUCACACUGAAUGUGAAAGAAUUAGAUGUUACUGUGCCCCUGAAGAUGGAAAACCAAAACCAUCAUACUCAUGGUGAAAACAAUACCUUCCAAAACUCUUUUAAUGGAGCAAGGCUUCGUAUCGAGGCGCUGUUCUUCUCAGAGUCGCCUUCUCUAAAACUCGAAUUACUAAAGCUUGAGAAGGAUCCUGCAUGCUUUUGUCUGUGGGAGGAUCAACCAGUUGAUUCUAGCCAGAAGAAAUGGACUGCUGGAGCUUCUCUUCUUAGUCUGUCGCUGGAAUCCUGUAACAACUCAGUUGGUGUUCAAUGUUCUAAUGGAGCUUCAAAUUUGUGGAGUUGUGUCGAGUUAAAAGGUGCUUGUAUUGAGGUUGCAAUGGCAACUGCUGACGGAAGUCCAUUGAUAGAUAUUCCUCCUCCAGGAGGUAUUGUCAGAAUAGGGGUUUCAUGUCAACAAUAUCUAUCCAAUACUUCGAUUGAGCAAUUGUUUUUCGUCUUAGAUCUUUAUGCCUAUGUUGGUAACGUCAGUGAUAAGAUGGCUUUAGUAGGAAAAAGUAAUCAUCUAAAGGUAAAACGAAAUGAGUCAUUUAGUGGCAAUCUUUUUGAGAAAGCUCCUGGAGAUACUGCUGUGAGUUUGGUGUUAAAGGAUCUCCAUCUGAGAUUUUUGGAAUCUUUGUCCAGUGACACAAUAGGUAUGCCCCUUGUUCAGUUUGUGGGAGAGAAUUUAUCUGUUAGAGUUGGUCAUAGGACUUUGGGUGGUGCUAUAGCUAUAUCUACUAAUUUAAUCUGGGAAACAGUUGAGGUGGAGUGUGCAGACAUUGAGAAAAACACGGGUUAUGAGAACGGUAUGGUGCUGCCUUCUGUUGAAAAUGGCCAUAUGGGUGACGAUGGAUACCAUCAACUGAGAGCUGUCUUUUGGGUGCAAAAUGGAGAUAAUCCAUUUUUGGACGUCACUAUGGUGCAUGUGAUCCCAUAUAAUGCGGAGGAUAUGGAGUGCCACAGUUUAAAUGUGUCAGCUUGUAUAGCUGGUGUUCGCCUUGGGGGAGGUAUGAAUUUUACUGAGGCUUUGCUUCACAAAUUUGGAAUUUUGGGGCCUGAUGGUGGUCCAGGAGAGGGUCUUUCUAGAGGGUUAGAGCAUUUAUCUGCUGGGCCGUUGUCAAAACUUUUUAAAGCUUCUCCUCUAAUAGGAAAUGAGUUCCAAGAUGGUCAGAAUGAAAGUCCUGGAGGGGAAGACAGUACCAUCCUGCACCUGGGUUCACCGGAUGAUGUGGAUGUAUCAAUUGAAUUCAAAAACUGGCUGUUUGCUCUCGAAGGUGCAGAGGAGAUGGCAGAAAGGUGGUGGUUCAGCGAUUCUAAAGAUUCUAGUAGAGCACAAAGGUGCUGGCACACAACUUUUAGGAGUUUGCAAGUGAAGGCGAAAAGCAGCCAGAGGCAUUUGCUCAAUAGUAAUGCAAUACCACAUGAAAAAAAGAAGCAUCCCAUUGAAUACAUAACAAUAAUUGCUGAAGGCGUAAAGACUUUGAAACCCCAGCCCUGGAAACACGUCCAGCAAAAUGGUGAACCAGCAAAAGGGCUCAAGCAAAUUUCUGAGUCAUAUGGUGGUAUUAAUUUUGAAUUUGAUAUGGUUAUAUGUGAGCAUGAUAUUGAUGAUGAUGCAACGGCCAAGUGGGUGGUUCAAAAUGUGAAAUUCUCUGUCAAGCAGCCGUUUGAGGUGGUCGUGACAAAGGAUGAGCUGCAAAACCUUACUCUGUUGUGCAAGUCUGAAGUGGAUUCUAUGGGUCGGAUAUCUGUUGGUAUCCUGCGGGUACUUAAGCUGGAAGGUUCUGUUGGCCAGGCAGCAAUCGCUCAACUAAGCAACCUUGGUAGUGAGGGGUUCGACAACAUUUUUGGUGCAUAUAAUUCAAAUGGUGGUAAGACUAAAGGAAGUGCUGUGGUCUCUCCAUCUUCUAAAGUGGCUAAUGGAAGCUGGAAUCCAGGCCUUGAAUCAGCAGUUGCUUCACUCGAGGCGGCUGUGUUGGAUUCUCAGGCCACAUGUGCUGUUCUUACCACUGAAAUGGGUGAUUCAGAAACAUCCAUGGAGCAUCUUGAUCAUAUUAAACAACUCAGCGAUCGACUUGAAAGCAUGCAGAAAUUACUUGCUCAGUUGAGACCUUAAAUACAGUUGGUCAUUUUUUUAUUCUUAUAUAUGUACAAAUUUUGUGAUGGAAGAGAUCCCCACACAUAGUUUACCAAUUCUUUUUGUUCAAAAUGUACAGAGUAUAUGUAUCAUACACAAGGCACCAAUUACACAUAUAGUAAAUUUUGUUGUGCGGUAGAGUGAGACUUGAGACUUGUUUCAAGUGUAAGGAUUGGAUCCUAGCCGAAAUGGCUUAUUUGUAGAUGAUGUAUGUAAGUAAUUAUAAAUAUUAAAUGAUCGAUAUAGCGUUUGUUUCUGGGACGUCUAAAUGGAGUUGUAUAAUUUUUUAA